CACACCAAACCAAACCAGACGAGCGACGGCAACAAAGGCGCAGCGAUCCCAUGGCAUCCCUCGCUGUUGCCGCCGCGGGCAAUGCCGGGCGGAGGGCCCUUUGCGGUGCGGGCCUCUUGCGCACCGCUGCCGGAAGAAAGAACAACGCCUCGGUUGCUUUCGGUGUCGCGGUUGCCCCCGCCGGCCCCGCACCGCUCCGUGUGCGGCGCCGCGCUUCCGCCCACGCGCAAUCGCACGCGCAAUCGCAAUCGCACACCCGGCCCUUGCCCGAUCCCUCCCUGGUCGACGACCGGGAGCCACCCUCGGGAUACCACCACCACCAGUUUCCCCCGGCGGUGGUCUACCCGGGCGUCGUCACAAAGGAGGAGGCCGCCGCGAUCGAGGGGCACGUCCUCGGGGGGCCCUCCAUGAGGCGGAAGCGGUACGAGGCCGGGCACUGGGACUCUGUCAUUUCCCUCUACAAGGAGACCGAGCUGCACGGGCUGGAAGGAGCGGCCGGGAACGACACCAAAAACACCAGCGCCGAGCUCUCGGGGGUCUUUGCCCGCAUCCGGUCCCUCCUGGAGGAGGACCACCUCUCCGCCCUGUACGACCAGAGCGAGCCGRUCCGCUGGCUUCCCUGCCACGCCAUCGACCUCAAGAGGGAGGGGGAGCUCCGGGCCCACGUCGAUUCGGUCCGCUUCUCGGGACACCUCGUGGCCGGCCUCUCUCUGCGCUCCACGGCGGUGAUGCGGCUUGUCCCGGAUCCGGACGCGAAAUCGGACGCGAAAUCGGACGCCGCGAGAGACGGGGGCAGGGUGGACCUCCUGCUCCCCCCGCGGAGCCUCUACGUUCUGACGGGGGCCGGCCGGUACGACUAUUCCCACGAGCUCCUGCCGGACGGGGCGGCCUUUGGGGAGGGGACCAACAAGGAGGUCCUCGUCCGGAGGGACCAGCGGCUGAGCAUCAUCUUUCGGGACGCCAAGCCCGASCCGGGGGAGAGCACCCUUUGACACGACGCCCGGGUUCUGCGGCACCGCGGUUGCUAGCACAAGA